AUGAAAGGUGGAAUCCCCCAUCUGGACCAUAGCGCAACCCCUGAGUGGUGCAGCAAAUUGAUAUCUGACUCAGAGGAUGAAGAUUCUUUAAGGAUUGUCAGUAAUUUAUGUCUGCUGCCCCUAUCUGCCAUCUCCUCUCACAUGACACAAUUUAACCAAACACUCUGGAAGGAGAAUCAGGCCCCAGAAGAGAAUCAAAACCUUCAGCAAAAGAACAGAGCUUUUCCUAUGGAGAACAAAGCCUAUUAUCAGAAGAAUCAAAGUAUCCAAAGACAGAACAAACUCCUUUGGGAAGAGAAUAAAAUCCUUCAAGAGAAGUAUAGGGACUCUUCAGAGGAAACAAAGCACCUUGCAAAACAGCAAAAGGCCCUCCAACAACAAAAUAAAGCCCUCAGAGAAGAGAUUAAGGCUCUCAGAGGAUAAUAAAGAGCUUUUGCAAUGGAGGAAAAAGCCCUUCAGCAAGAUUUUUUAGCUUUAUUGGAGGAAAACAAGGAGCAGCUUAAGGCUCUUCAAAAGGACAACAAAGCCAUUCAGGAAGAGGAGAAAGCUCUCUGUGAGGAAAAAAAUGUCCUCAGUGAGGAGAAAUUUGCCCUCCAAGAGAAGAAAGGGGCCCUUGGUGAGAAAAAAGCCCUACAGAUUCAGGAGGAAGGUCUCCAAGAAGAACACAAUGUCCUCCAUGAAUGGUAUAAGAUAUUCAAGAGGAGGAAUAAAGCAAUAUAA